CUGAGUUUUGAGAGUUUCGAGAGUAAUAGUAGUUGUAUUUCUUCUACGACAUGUCGUAGGAGUACGGUGGUGGGGGAGGAGAUGAGUACGAUGAAUAAUAUGCAGCAGCGGCGGCCGGUGAGGGUGAUGGGGUCGUGCGUGACGGUGGACUGCGUGACGGACACGUGGGUGGGCGGAAAUGGACUAGGGCGUACGGACGUGGAGAGGAGGAUGAACCUGGAGAGGGACACGUGUCCGGGGUUUGUAUCGGACGGUACAGGGAGGGCGGUGUGGACGAAUGGGGCCUACAGGAGCAUGGUGGGGGAGCAGGAGGAAAGGGAGACGAUGGUGUGGCUUGUGACGAAGGAGAGGGCGGCGAAGGCGGUGGGUGUGAUGAGUAAUUACGACACGGCGGCAUUCUCGUGCAGGGUGAGGGUGCAGUACAGCGGGUGCGGUGGGUCGUCGGCAAGGGAUUGGAGCUCGUUGACACUGCCGUGUGACGUGUGGAGGAUGGAGAGUGGCGGGUUCGCGUGGAGGCUGGACGUGAAGGCUGCUCUUUGCUUGGGUCGGUAAACCGACAUGGUAAAAAGCCUAGCUAGAGAUGACAAAUAACUGAUGAGGAGUUGCUUUGCGUUUUAUUAGCAGUAAGCUUAAAUUAAUGACCGUAAUUAACAAGUGUGAAUUAUUUUUCCUUAUCGCAGUUGCUUUGCGUUUAAUUUCCUUACAUAGCUAGCUCCCUGUGAUCUGGUGAAAAGCAAAAUUUGAAUAUGUUCAAAUGUCAUGUACUUUUACUUUGGGUGCAGUCAAGAACAUUUUUUUCUUUCAA